UUCCCAACAAACUCCACCUUGAUUAAAUAAUCAAAAAAAACUUUGUAGCUCCAUCUCACUUCUCCGGUGAGAUCACCGCUACUCCGAAAUAAAAAAUAUCCUUGGCGCCAUCUCAAUCUACUCCACCGAGAUCACCGCUGCCAACCUCAAAGAAAAAAAAAUCCUCGUGGCUCCACCUUGGUCCAACCACCAAGAUCACUACCACGUUGAAAAAAUUUUCUUGGGACCCCAUCUUGCUUAAAACCGCAAGAUCUCUGUCACCCUUUAUUGCUUUUGUAGCUCCACCUUGUUCAAUACCACAAGGUUCUUGCCGCUUCCAGUUUUCAUUGUACCUGUGACUCCAUCUCAACGAAUCCCGUCAAGAUCCCUGCCACUACCUUAGCUCCCUAGCUAGAGUUUUAACCCUCCACCCCGAGCUAAAAAAUAUUACAACUCACCUUUGUUAACACUCUCUGAGACCACCCCUCUAGCAAUUAGCUUCUUUCGAUCUGCCCAUCUUGCACCGCCGCAGCAACACCUGCGGAACACGCCGCCCGACCUCUUCUUGCCGGGAAGACUUUCGACACAAGACAUAAACUGCAGUUUUCCACUCCGCUAGACCACUGAUCUCCUCAAGUCCUGUUUCCGCACCAUACUUCACAAAGCUAGCAUGUCGCUUCGUACCCGGUCCUCAUGCCAUCCACUUUGUUCUUGAAGUCCCAUGGUUGCCUUCUGGCCAAAACUGACCAUUCCCUGGGUUCUCAAAAUUUCUCCUUUUACCGCUUACAAAUCCCUCCUGCCUAGCGCAACCAAGCUCUGAUACCAAUUGUUGGGAUUUUAAGCGCGUAAGAUGCCGAAAAAUAUUGAGAACACCAGAAAAAUGAAAGAACAAACACAAGAAGAAUAUAUGAGAGAAAAAAUUAUAUUUCCACUAUUUCAGGACAAUAUACAAAAAACUCUCCCCUGUUUACAAGACUAAAUUUCAGACACUCAUAAACAGAUCUUUCACAUCCUAUGCCCGGAUGUAUUUUUCCGAGUAACUAAAACCAUUUACUCCCUACACUCACCCACACUCACCAAGACCCCUUGGAUUUUCCCGGUGGUAUUCUUGUGUAGAAUUUCUCCCAUGCUUCUCUCUCUACAUUAGUGGUGUGUAAAACCCACACACACAAAUACACCGUAGCCUCUCCAUUUUAAAGGGCAAGGAGAACACAAUUAUUUGCCCCAAUCAAUUUGCUACAGGAGAGAANUAAAACCAUUUACUCCCUACACUCACCCACACUCACCAAGACCCCUUGGAUUUUCCCGGUGGUAUUCUUGUGUAGAAUUUCUCCCAUGCUUCUCUCUCUACAUUAGUGGUGUGUAAAACCCACACACACAAAUACACCGUAGCCUCUCCAUUUUAAAGGGCAAGGAGAACACAAUUAUUUGCCCCAAUCAAUUUGCUACAGGAGAGAACAUAAUCACAUGCAUACUUCCACCUUUUUAACUCCCCUCAUGGAGUACUUUUGCUUUCCCUUUGUCAGGAUCCUUUUUUUUCUUUUUGAUUUUUCUUUUCUUUCUUUUUUUUUUCUUUUGAUUAAUUAAUCAAAUUUCCCAACACUUAAAAAUAAAAAAAAAUGGUAUUUUUGAAAGUGUUUGUGGGAAUUUUUCCAACAAAUUAAAACCUGGGCUUUGGAUCCACAAGCAAAUUUAAAAGAGCUGGAUUCAGCGGCUCUGUUCUUCAUAUUUCAAUUUCAGCCCGUUUUUUUUCCUCCGGAGUUCAAUCCCCUUUUCAUCCUGUUCGGUUAGUCGGCUUCUCAAAUGUCAGCUCUAACCUCGUAUCUGGUCAACCAUCAUCCGCGUAUCCUACCUGUUAUCUAUCCACAAGUUUGGCAUGUCCUUUCUUCAUAAUUGAUCUUCUCGGAAGGAAUUUGCCAUGAAGUUUAUCUCAAUCUCUACCUACUUCUCAGUCUUCAACUUUAGAAUCAGCAAUAGCAUUUUCUUCUCCACGUCCUCGUCUUUGUCAUCAUCUGCUUCAAAUCAAUUCGUGACCCAUUUGCAGAGCAAUGGGCCCAAAUUUGAGAAAUCCCUGAUCUCAGUUAAAGCCAAAUUGGAUGCAACUUGUGUCACCCAAGUUCUCGAAAGGUUUUCAGUUGAAAACCCCCAAGUAGGCCUGAGAUUCUUCAUAUGGGCGGGUCUUCAACCUUCGUACCGACACUCAACACACAUGUAUAUGAAAGCUUGUAACUUGCUGAAGAUCAAUGAAAACCCUAAAAUUGUUUCCGAUGCAAUUGAGGCUUAUGCGUCAGAUGAGGGAUGUGGAGUGAGUGUAAAAAUGUUCAGGGUUGUGUUCAAUUUGUGCAGAGAGGCUAAAGAUGCAGACUUGGGAUUGUGGGUGUUGAGGAAAAUGGAGGAAUACAAUUGUAGGCCCGACGUGAUUGCUUAUAAUGGAGUGAUUAGGUUGCUGUGUAAGAAAGGGGACAUGGAUGAGGCAAUGGGGUUGAUGAGAGAGAUGAGGUUAAUUGAUCUCUAUCCCGAUAUGGCCACUUAUGUUAUGAUAAUCAAAGGGUUGUGUGACGUGGGCAGGUUGAAAGAGGCUUGUGGGAUGGUUAAGACGAUGAAGGGGCAUGGUUGCUUUCCCGGAACAGUGGUGUAUUCUGCUCUUCUUGAUGGGAUCUCAAGGUUCGGCGAUUUGGAGAGGGCAAUGGAGUUGUUGGAUGAAAUGGAGAAAGAAAGUGGCGACUGCAAACCAAAUGCUGUUACCUAUACCACCCUGAUUCAGGCAUUUGUUGAAAAGGGGAAUUCGUUAGAGGCAGUGGCUGUUCUAGACAAGAUGGAUGCUUUCGGGUGUAAGCCGAAUAGAGUGUUGGUGGCCACUCUGGUGCAGGGACUGUGCAUGGAUGGGCAUAUAGAGGAGGCUCAUAAGGUCGUGGACCGGGUUGGUGGGAGUGGUGGCAUUUCAAAUGAUGUGUGCAACAGUUGUCUCGUGUUGUCUUUGUUUCGAGCGGGGAAGGUCAAGGAGGCAGAGGUUGUUUUCAGAAGAAUGUUAGCACGUGGUUUGAAGCCCGACACAAUCUCUUGUGAGACGAUGAUGAAAUGGAUGUGCUCUGAAGGAAGGAAUCUUGUUGUAUAGCCUUGAGUGCAGAAUCUCGUGCCGUUGUUUUUUCUGUGAUUGAAUUCUUAUGCUCUGAUGAAACAAGGCGGCACACACGAAUUCGUUGAAAGCUUCAUAAAUGAGCAACAAAGCUUCAUGUACAUCUUCUUUUUUAAUCCAUCAAAAUUCAAGUGGUGAAAAUGUUGGAAUCAUACAAAAACUUCUAAAGAGAAAGAAAAUGUUUUCUAUUUGUUGAAGGAUUGGAAGAAAUAGGUGACUCAGAAUCAUUUCAUCUCUUCUACUUCAUCCGUUCUAAAAUAGUUUUCUUGUUGUGAACUGGAAUUUUUGUUCAUCAUAAAUUAAAAUAUUUAUACUCCGUACAUAAAGUUAAGAGGUAAAG